AAUUAAAAAGCAGCUACUCAGCCAGGGCCUGUUAAGGUUUAUCUGUGUUGUAUAAAAAUGAAAAGAAGACAGCAUUCUAGUGUUCUGCCUGUCCAUGGUGGCUGAAAGGGAAUGUGUUGCACUUCUCGGUUUGAACAUGUGCAGGAAGAGGUUUAUUUCCAGCCAGGAGUUUAUAUCAUCAUCUGUGAUCUGAGAGAAGACGGCAGAUUUCUGCGCUUCGCCGUUCCUGUGUGGUGAGAAGCUACAGUAGCUGCUGCAGAUAAAAGGAGGAUGGUUCCAAUAAGGUGUUUGUCUACUUGAUGCUCAUAUCCAAGGGCAUCAGUCAUUAACUUCCUAAGCUGCUCAGUUAAAGCUAAAGGAAAAGGCAUCUUAAGCUGGAGAGCCCGCACUGACUCCUGUACGGUAGCAGCAGGUUUCUACAGCCUUUUCUUUUGUGAAGGACUCGCUACAGGCAGUGACAAGAUAAUGAAGUCACCAGUCCGGAACGCAAGGUCUGAAAUUAAACCAAAAACCUGUUAACACCUUUGACAGGCUGUCAAGGUACCAAGGACUGAUUUUGUUCUGUCCUCGAAACGCUUUGUUCUGUUUUGAGCUCCUCUGUAAACGCUGCUCUUUUUGUAUUCAUUUUAUAUAUAUAGAUGUUUUAUAUUUGUUUAUUUUUGUAGCACUUUUUUUUUGCUUUUUCAUUUUCACUGCUCUUGCCUCUCCUCCUGCCUGAAACGAGAUUGCGAAAGCAGGAAAGGAAGAUGCCGGCCAUUCUGGUGGCUUCAAAGAUGAAGUCUGCAUUGCCUAAGCCUGUGCACAGCGCAGCUCCUAUCCAGCAUAUCCCAGCUAGGACCAUCCCCCAGCCCUGCUACCUGAAACUUGGGAGCAAGUUGGAGGUGUCCAAGUCCACCUACUCCAGCCAGAUCCCUCUCAAGUCUCCUCAUGGGCACGAGGGAGAAGAGGACAGGGCCCCACACAGAAAGAGUACUGGUUUAGAGAAUGGAUUUGACACCCAGAUUUACACUGAUUGGGCGAACCACUACCUGGCAAAGUCAGGCCGCAAGAGACUCAUUAAAGACUUGCAACAAGAUGUCACAGACGGGGUGCUGUUGGCGGAGAUCAUCCAGGUUGUAGCAAACGAGAAGAUUGAAGAUAUCAAUGGCUGUCCAAAGAGUCGGUCCCAGAUGAUUGAAAAUAUCGAUGCCUGCUUGAGUUUCCUAGCAGCCAAAGGUGUUAACAUACAGGGUCUGUCUGCAGAAGAAAUCAGAAAUGGAAACCUGAAGGCCAUUUUGGGGCUUUUCUUCAGCCUGUCUCGCUACAAGCAGCAGCAACAGCUGCACCACCAGCACCAGAGCCAAGCUGGGCACCCUCAACACGGGCAAGCUGCACCCCACACCCAGCCCUACCGCCACCCGCCCGCAGCGCAGUGCCAGCCACAUCCACAAGCAAUGCAACAGCAGCAAAAAGCACAAACAGAAAUGCAGUCAAGGCUUCCAGGACCCACCACGAGGAUGUCAGCUGCGGGCAGCGAGACCAAGACCCGUGGAUCUGUCAGUGCCAACACCCGACGCAGCCAGAGCUUCAACAACUGUGACAAAUCCAAGCCAGCACACCUGCCUCCAGCAAGCAGCCAAGAGAAAGAGCCAGCAGACGGCACGGCCACACAGCAGCCAGGAAUGAAUGAAAAUUUGCAGUCUUCAACUCCCAUUAGCAACAGCAGUAGCACCAGCACCAUCAGCAGCAGCAGCACCACCUCGUCGGCAAUUCCUCAGCCCAACUCUGCCAACAAACCCUGGCGCAGCAAAUCCCUCAGUGCAAAGCACACCGCCACGUCUUCCAUGCUGUCUGUGAAGCAGCCCAGCCAGGAGCCACCAAAACCCCCUGUGGAAGGUGCCAAGACAACCCCUAAUGGACAAAAAUCAAUGCUGGAAAAGUUAAAACUGUUUAACACUAAAGGGGGUUCAAAGACAGCAGGGGCACCCCUGGAAAGCUGUGUGUCUCGGAAUGUCUGCAGCGAGAAAGCAGAGGUCCCUUCUAAUGCCGAAGAGACUGAAGAUACAGAACCUGCAAGCCGGGGAGUCAAUGGCACUGGAACAGCCGCCAACAGCCCCAAAAUUGCACUGAAGGGGAUUGCCCAAAGGACUUUCAGCAGAGCGCUGACCACCAAGAAGAGCUCCCUGAAAGGUGCCGAAAAGGAGAAAGAGAAACAGAAAGAAAAGGACAAGGCGAAGGAGAUCUCAAAAAGGGUGUCGGUGACGGAGAAACCAGAGACCAAGGAGGAGCCCAAAGAGGAGCCGGUAGGCACAGCCAUGUCAGAACCCAAAAAGACCUCCAAGAUCGCUAGCUUUAUUCCCAAAGGGGGGAAGCUCAGCAGUGCGAAAAAAGAGACCUCUGCUCCAGCACACAGUGGCAUACCAAAACCAGGAGCAAAGACUUCAGCUACAGGGAAAGCAGCAGGGGCUCCCUCAUCCUCCUCCUCUGGGAAAGAAGGGGAGAGGCCCCGCAGCGCCAAGCUUGGCCCCGGUCUUUCGCUGCACAAGGGCCAACUGGACAGCAGGCACUCCAGUUCCUCCUCCAGCCUGGCCUCUUCCGAGGGGAAGGCUAUUGGAGUGACUCCUCAUCAAGCCAACAGCGGUGCUCAGGCAGGCACUUCCUGCAACACCCAGACGACAGGAAGUAACACUAUCAGCGUUCAGCUACCUCAACCUCAGCAGCAAUACAACCGGCCCAACACUGCCACAGUGGCCCCCUUCAUGUACAGGUCACAGACAGAUAUCGAAGGGAAUAUGAACACAGACUGUGGAUCUGGAGGAGGCAAUGUGGAUCCUGUGGCCUACCAUAAAGCGGGCCAGCCUGGUGUUGAAGACCUGUCAGGGGAAGACCCAGAGGCCAGGCGACUGCGGACUGUUAAGAACAUUGCAGACCUUCGCCAAAACCUGGAGGAGACCAUGUCCAGCCUACGUGGCACACAGGUUACUCACAGCACACUGGAAACAACAUUCGACAGCAACGUCACAACUGAGAUCAGUGGGCGCAGCAUCCUGAGCUUGACGGCGAGGUCGACGCCGUUGUCUUGGCGACCGGGACAGUCCAGCCCUCGCCUGCAGGCCGGAGAUGCCCCAUCACUGGGGAAUGGGUUCCCUCCUCGGGGCAAUGCCAGUCGCUUUGUAAACGCGGAGUCUGGGAGGUACAUGUAUUCAGCCCCUCUCAGGAGACAGCUAGCAGCACGAGGCAGUAACUUGUGCAGUGUGGACCUUGCUGACAAGGAUGACCUGGAUUUAGAGGGAAUCCACAUGGAAGCUACAGGCUACAUGAGCGAUGGGGAUGUGCUUGGAAAAAAUUUUCGGACAGAUGAUGUGUCUAGCGGCUACCUGACUGAUGGGGGAUUGGGCCUGUACACCCGUCGCCUGAACAGACUGCCUGACGGGGUGGCUGCAGUGCGGGAGACGCUGCAGCGCAACACCUCCAUGGGAGUUGGAGAUGCUGACAGUUGGGACGACAGCAGUUCAGUGAGCAGUGGGAUUAGCGACACCAUAGACAACCUCAGUACAGAUGACAUCAACACCAGCUCUUCCAUCAGCUUGUACGCCAACGCGCCUGCUGCACCGCGGAAGAGUACUGACGGCCAGCCCCAGACGGACGCAGAGAAGCACUGUGCUGUGGAGCGGAACUCCGUGUGGUCUGGAGAUGAAGUGAAGAAAACGGACGGCGGCUUAGACAGUGGAGUCAAGAUGGAGUCCGGCUCCAAGUGGAGACGCAACCCUUCCGAUGUGUCCGAUGAGUCCGACAAAAGCAACUCGGGCAGGAAAACAACUGUCAUCUCACAGACUGGCUCUUGGAGACGAGGCAUGACUGCCCAGGUUGGCAUCACAACACCCAGGACGAAAAGCGCCACGCUGAAAACCCAUGGAACUGGUAUGCAACAACCUAGAAAAACUGAUGAUGCCAAGGUAUCAGAGAAGGGCAGGCUCUCCCCCAAGUCUGCUAAUGUCCAGCGUUCCCCCUCAGAUGCUGGCCGCAGCAGUGGAGACGAAACCAAGAAACCUCCAUCGAGUGCUUCCAGGACCCCCACCAACACCUUUGGGUUCAAGAAACAGCCCAGGGGCAUGACCAUCAUCACUGCCAGCGGUGCCACCAUCACCAGCGGCUCAGCAACCCUGGGCAAAAUCCCCAAGUCAUCCGGGCUCAUCGGCAGGUCUGGUAGCCGGAUGGCUAGUGUGGAUGGCUCCCAUCAGGACGAUGCCUACCUGCCCAUCAGCGCCCGGACUAACUUGCAAUAUCGCAGCUUGCCCAGACCCAGUAAGUCAGGCAGCGGUGGCAGAAACUGCAACCGGUCCAGCACCAGUAGCAUUGACUCCAAUCUCAGCAGCAAGUCUGCUGGCUUACCUGUGCCCAAAAUAAGAGAGCCUUCCAAAGUAGGAACGGGUGGCCCUUUACCUGGAGGAGCCAACCAGACGGACAGGGAGAAAGGUGUGUCUUCGGAUACAGAGAGCGUAGCCUCCUGCAACUCUGUCAAGGCCAGCCCAGCCUGUCACUCUGGGGCCUCGCAGAGCGGUCGCCAGCAAUCAUCCAAAUAUGCAGAUGUGUCAUCACCCACUUUGCGCAGACUGUUUGGUGGCAAGCCAGGUAAACAAGCCCCAGUCACAACAGCUGAGAAUAUGAAGAAUUCCACAGUUAUCACCAACCCUCAUGCCACCUUCACUCCGCAGACUAACCCUGAUUCACCUUCAGGGAGUGGAAUGCUGAGCAGUGGUGGCAGCAGCCCCCUCUAUAACAAGACCACCGACCUGGCCCAGUCUUCUCUGGCCUCCAGCCCAGGCUCUGCCCAUUCUGCUCCUUCCAACAGCCUGACGUGGGGCACCAACCUCAGCAGCUCCUCUACAGUGAGCAAGGAUGGCCUCGGGUACCAGUCUGUCAGCAGCCUGCACACCAGCUGCGAGUCCAUCGACAUCUCUCUGAGCAGCGGAGGGAUCAGCCGUCACAACUCCACCAGCGGGCUGGUCCCAUUGUCCAAAGAGGAGUCUCUGCCUGCAUUUGCAAGGAAUAACAGCGUGAAGACAGCCUUGUCCGAGAGUCCUCUUUCUUCCCCAUCUGCUAGCCCAAAAUUCAGCAGAAAUACUUUACCUCGGAAACAGGACAGCGACCCUCACCUCGAUAGAAACACCUUACCAAAGAAGGGACUCAGGUAUCCCCCUCCUUCCCAGCUCCACGGCCAGGAAGAUGCCAGGGAGUGGUUGCGAUCUCAUUCUGCAGGAGGCCUGCAGGAGAGUGCCAGCAACUCUCCAUUCUCGCCAGGCUCCAGCAUUACCUCUCCUACUGGAACCAGGUUCAACUUUGCCCAGCUAGCUAGUCCAACCACUGCUGCCCAGAUUAACCUUGCAAACCCCUCAGUGCUGCGGAAUCAGGAGGGGCCCUUGGAUCCAUACGGCGAUCCUCGCUUCCGUAACAGCUCCAUGUCUCUGGAUGAGAAAAUCAGGACCAUGAGCCGCUCUGGGUCCUUCAGGGACGGCUUUGAAGAAGUGCAUGGCUCGUCAUUGUCUCUGGUCUCUAGCACCUCUUCAAUCUACUCCACGCCUGAAGAAAAAUCACAGUCAGAGAUACGCAAACUGCGAAGAGAACUUGAUGCAUCACAGGAAAAGGUGUCAGCUCUUACCACUCAGCUAAGUGCUAACGCUCACCUUGUGGCUGCUUUUGAGCAGAGUCUUGGGAACAUGACCAUCAGGCUGCAGAGUCUGACUAUGACUGCAGAGCAGAAGGACUCUGAGCUUAAUGAGUUAAGAAAGACUAUUGAGUUUCUGAAAAAGCAAAAUGCUGCUGCCCAGGCUGCCAUUAAUGGAGUCAUCAAUACCCCAGAGCUUGCUUGCAAAGCCACAGGUAAUGGGACCCCUCAGUCCACUGACCUCCGCAUACGCAGACAGCACUCCUCAGACAGCGUGUCCAGUAUUAACAGCGCCACCAGCCAUUCCAGUGUGGGCAGCAACGUGGAGGUGGACUCCAAGAAGAAGAAGAAGAAGAACUGGUUACGGAGUUCCUUCAAACAAGCAUUUGGCAAGAAGAAGUCCCCCAAGUCAGCUUCCUCACACUCAGACAUCGAGGAGAUGACUGACUCCUCCCUCCCCUCGUCCCCCAAGCUUCCUCGCAACACAUCCACGGCCUCUACGCCUCUCAUGAGAACCUCGCACUCCAACUCUUUUAUUUCCGAAUGCACAGAGGGUGAGGCUGAGACGGUCAUGCAGCUUCGCAGUGAGCUGAGAGACAAGGAGAUGAAAUUGACUGACAUUCGACUGGAGGCCCUUAGCUCCGCCCACCAGCUGGACCAGCUUCGUGAGGCAAUGAACAGAAUGCAGGGUGAAAUUGAAAAGUUGAAAAUUGAGAACGAUCGAUUGAAGUCUGAGAAUCAGGGGGUCGGUAGUCGGGCCCCAUCCCAGCUCUCAGUCUCUUCGUCCCCCAGGCAGUCUGUAGGCCUCUCCCAGCACAGCCUCAGCUUCACCGAGUCCACCAGCCUGGAUAUGCUGUUGGAUGACAAUGCUGAUGGCGGCACAGCUCGUAAAGAGGGCAGACAUGUGAAGAUAGUUGUGAGCCUGCGAAAUGAGAUGAAACGGAAGGAGGAGGGUAGACCUCGUCAUUUUCUUGUCGGCUGCAUCGGAGUCAGUGGGAAAACCAAGUGGGAUGUGCUGGACGGGGUUGUCCGUCGCCUUUUCAAGGAGUACAUUAUCCAUGUAGACCCAAUGAGUCAGCUGGGCUUGAGCUCCGACAGUGUCCUGGGUUACAGCAUUGGGGAUAUCCAUCGCACCACCGGAGCUCAGACUCCAGAACUACUGCCCUGUGGCUACCUGGUGGGGGACAACAACACCAUCUCCGUCACCUUGAAAGGUAUAUCGGAGCACAGCCAGGACUGCUUGGUGUUUGAGACCCUGAUCCCGAAGCCCAUGCUGCUGAGAUACGUCUCCCUCCUCUCGGAGCACCGGCGCAUUAUCCUGUCUGGACCCAGCGGAACUGGGAAGACCUAUUUGGCCAAUCGGCUGGCAGAGUACGUUGUGCUGAAAGAAGGCAGAGAGGUCUCUGAUGGGGUCAUUGCCACCUUCAACGUGGACCACAAGUCCAGCAAGGAAUUGCGUCAGUACCUGUCCAGCCUGGCUGAGCAGUGUAACAGUGAAAGCAGUGCGGUGGGCAUGCCCCUGGUUAUUAUUCUGGAUAACCUGCAUCAUGUCAGCUCUCUCGGAGAGAUCUUCAACGGGCUUCUCAACUGCAAGUACCAUCGCUGCCCUUACAUUAUCGGCACAAUGAAUCAAGCAACAUCUUCAACACCAAACCUCCAGCUUCAUCAUAAUUUCAGGUGGGUGCUGUGUGCCAACCACACUGAACCCGUGAAAGGCUUCCUGGGACGUUUCUUGAGAAGAAAGCUGAUUGAAACCGAGAUCAGCAGCAGGAUGAGAAACACAGAGCUGGUUCAAAUCAUCGACUGGAUUCCUAAAGUCUGGCAACAUCUCAACAAGUUCUUGGAAGCACACAGCUCCUCUGAUGUUACGAUCGGUCCCCGAUUGUUCCUGUCUUGCCCAAUUGACGUGGCUGGUUCACGUGUGUGGUUCACUGACCUGUGGAACUACUCGAUAAUCCCGUACAUGUUGGAGGCAGUCCGGGAGGGACUUCAGCUGUAUGGUCGAAGAGCUCCCUGGGAGGACCCUGCUAAAUGGGUGAUGGAUACCUACCCCUGGGCUGUCAGCCCACAGCAACAUGAGUGGCCUCCUCUGCUUCAACUGAGACCUGAGGACGUUGGCUUUGAUGGAUACACUGUGGCGCGGGAGGGAUGUUCCAGCAAGCAAGUGCCACAGAGUGACGCAGAAGGAGAUCCGCUGAUGAAUAUGCUGAUGAGGCUUCAAGAAGCAGCCAACUACUCCAGCCCCCAGAGUUACGACAGCGACUCCAAUAGCAACAGUCACCAUGACGACAUCUUGGAUUCAUCACUGGAGUCCACGUUGUGAUCAAGGGCUCCAAUUGAUGUAGAAUGUGUUUCUGUUUACCUUUUAAACAAUAUUGGCAAAAAAGAAUAAUAAUAAUUAAACUCUGCUGUAAGAACAAGCAUCUUUAUAAUAAUCACAUUUAUUGUGACCAUGGGUGCAGGCAACCCAGAGGACAACAGUCUUUUCUAAGUAUAUAAAAAAACAGAAAAACUAAAAAAAACUGCACUAUUCUAUUUUUUACUGUGUAUUUGUUAAAGGCUUUUUAAAGCCAAGUUGUGAAAUACUAAAUGUAUUUGAACUCCUGUGCAAAAAUGAUGGCGUUCUGAAGCUGCGGAACAAGCAUUGUUCCGUGUACUGGUCAACAAGAACACUUCUUGCCUAUGCUGCUGUGAACCAAACGACCAGUGAAGGAUGGACUUUUCCAUCCAGCUUUAUCAGUGCUUUUCUCAGCAGCAGGUGAUUAUGGUGCUAUAUGGUUAGCCUUGAAAUGUAUUCUAGGUCAGGCUGCAAGGAUAAAACACACUUCUUGCAAACCCAGGAGCUUGGUGGCUAACCAGUCUUAGUCAACUCAACUGAAAGGACAGUACAAGACUGUUAUUAUAGACUGAAUGUCUAUAAUAACAGCAGUCCUAUACUGGAGCCACAUUUAUCCCAGUCCCAAGUGGUGUAGAAAUGAGUGUUUGUCACAGGCUAGGACUAUUUAAAUUCAGAAAGGAGGUUUAUAAAAGCUUGCUUAAGCUUUAGUAAACUCUUGGAAGUGAGCAAAACCUCAAACGCUGCAAAUCUGUUAACAAUCGCAAAAAUAGUUUACACGAAUAUUCACAAGAAAAAAAGUUGUGUUUUGUUUUUUUUGUUUUUUUUAAUUAACUACUGUGCCAUUGUUUACUUUUAGACUGUGUAUAUUUAAACUGUUCAAGGUGGUUCGUGAAGUGAAUUCAGCUGUUUUUAAAUCGGUCCUUCAUACGAAUUGUGUAACAUCAGCAGUGCAACCUCUUAAGACGCGUGAGCUGAAAACUGCUUUCUGUAUAUCCCCUCUAAGUACACAUGCAUCAGAACACCUCAACCAGUGUGGCAGCAAACCCACCGGGGGAAACAGCUGCAUGCAAUCGAACCUCAGUACAUUCCCUCCACUCACCUGUACACGCUUUUGUGAACAUCUUUGUGGAGCUGAACUUUCAAACGAUGCCUUACUUAAUUUUGUAACAAUUGUGUUAGCGUGCGCAUUUGUGCUGUUUUUUACAUUUUGAAACAGGGCUGAGCGUUCAUCUCCUAAACUUCUUUAAGGUUUAUGGCUGCAAAGUUAUUUUUUGAUGUCAGAUGCUGACUUGACAUUUAGGAGGAAAAUGAGAUCUAUGUUUUCAGGUUCAUGUAUUGACCUGCAGCUAGUUGUUCCACUGGGCAGUAACUUCCUGUUCUUAAAUGGAGAAAUAUCCUCAAAAUGAUAUUCUUUAAUGUGUAUGUUACUGAAUAAAGCCAACUUAUGGAACAAGUAGUUGAGCUUGGUGCUCGCUCAUUGUCCUUUUUAAGAGGUACAGAUUGUAUUAAUACUUUUUGGUUUAUAAGGGUUUUUUCUUAUCUCAGGAUAAGGCUACGAUUUUGUCAUGGAAUUUGAAUAGUCUGAAAUCUUGGAAAUGGAUGCAAAAUACAUUUGAUUAGGCACAUUGCAUCCUUUAAAAACUGCAGCAUGUCAUGCACUGAAAAUACUUUGCUGUAUGGGACGCGUCGGUCGCAGCCCUUUUGACUGAGCAAAGUGGUCACAGCUGUUAUUCAUACUUUAAAUACAGACUGCAUUUGCAAAAUUGGAUACACUGAGAUUUAAGUAGGAUGUGCUGAGUCUGUACCUCUUAUACAAGAGGUUUAAAGAAAAAUAAAAAACUACGCCAUUGGUACAUCCAUCCUCUCAACAAACAGAGAAACCGAAAGGGAGAAUUUCAAACAUUAAUUAGAGAGAUGCGGGUAAGUGACAGAGAGAGGUGUUUUAGACAGCUGAAAGGGUUGAUGUUAAGGCUGUACGCCUUUUGAAAAAAGACUUGAGAUUGUAGAUAACGUAGUUCCGACUUGUCACACAGGGUUGGAAACCCUUGACUCGGACCAGAAAUUAUGUCAGAGCCUAUAUGUACUGUUAGUUUUUUACUCUAACAUUUAAACUUGUCAAAAGCAAUAGUCUUUAUGUAAUUGGUUUUGGUGUACUAUUUAAAAGCUCUUGUGUAUG